AUGUUACCAGCAACAUUCAAAUUGUGCUGUGGAAUCUCACAUCAGCAUUUCAGGAACAUGACAGGAUUGAAGAGAACUGCAGUAGCUGCCGUAGCAUAUGAAAUGAGAAGAAUGAAAAUUAAAGACAAUUUUCUGUCAGGAACCUGGGAUUCUCUAGUCCAGAAAAAAAAACCUCACGCAGCUCUCAAGGUCGAAGAUGAAAGAUCGGAAAUAAAACGGACUCUCAGCACAGAAGAACUGUCCUACGUGAAGCAAGGGGAAGACGCUUUACAAAAGGCUCUGGGGAUUUUAAGCCAGGAUGCCGGAUGGACAACAGAAAUCAAAACGGAGAAUGGUGACAAUGUUAUGAGCAAAGUUCUACCUGGAAUUGGAAAAGUCUUCAAAUUGGAGGGUGUGCUGGAUGCAACUACGGAACACGUGUAUCAUGAGCUUUAUGAGAAAGUUGACCAAAUGAGCUCAUGGAAUCCAAGCGUCAAACACUUGCAUGUCUUGCGGAAAAUUGGCAACGAUACCAUGGUCACUUACGAAAUCAUGGGAGACACAGCCGGAAACAUCAUUGGACGGAGAGACUUUGUGAGCGUGAGGCAUUGCUGGAAAGAAGGACCUUGCUGCUACUUGACGGGAAUAGCCACCGAAUCCAAGUGCAUGCCACCACAGAAAGACUUUGUGAGAGGUGAAACUGGAAUUUCGUGUAUUAUCCUACAUCCUGCAGGCGCCAAGAACAAGACACGAUUUACUUGGCUUCUCAGCAUGGACCUGAAGGGCUGGCUGCCAAAAUCCCUCAUCAAUCAGGCAUUGUCACGGGCACAGGUGGAUUUCACAGAACAUUUACGCCAACAACUCUCUUCAAGCUCAUUCUCCAUAUCCUGCUGA